CUGUCUGAUUCUCGGGAAGGACUCUGGUUCUCAGAUCGGCCCCUGUCAUGGCGCCGUGCGGUACGGGAAUGCCAGGCUCCCGGGACAGGGGACUCAGGGCGGCAGUGCUGGUGGUUUUGAUGGCGGUAGGCCUGAGCCUGGCGGAGGAGGACAGUGCCAUGGAGGAGGUAGUCACCGAGAAGCAGGCGGAGGCCAGUCACCGGCAGGACAGUGCCAACCUUCUGAUCUUCAUCCUGCUCCUCACCCUCACAAUCCUCACCAUCUGGCUCUUCAAGCAUCGCAGGUUCCGCUUCCUCCAUGAGACCGGCCUGGCUAUGAUCUACGGCCUCAUCGUUGGAGUGGUGCUGCGAUAUGGUGUCCAUGUUCCUAGUGAUGUCAACAAUGUAACCAUGAGCUGUGAGCAGGAAAUGAGCCCAGCCACACUGGUAGUGAAUGUGAGUGGCAAGUUCUACGAGUACACCCUGAAAGGGGAGAUCAGCUCUCAGGCGCUGAACAACGUCAAAGACAAUGAAAUGCUGCGGAAGGUUACAUUUGAUCCUGAAGUUUUUUUCAACAUUCUUCUUCCGCCAAUCAUAUUUUACGCAGGGUAUAGCCUAAAGCGGAGGCACUUCUUCCGAAAUCUGGGCUCUAUCUUGGCCUAUGCCUUCCUAGGAACUGCAAUUUCUUGUUUUGUCAUAGGAUCUCUUAUAUAUGGGUGUGUGAAGCUUAUGAAGGUCACUGGAACACUUGGUGGCGAUUUUUACUUCACGGACUGCCUAUUUUUUGGAGCCAUUCUUUCUGCCACUGAUCCUGUGACUGUCCUUGCCAUAUUUCAUGAGCUGCAAGUUGAUGUUGAGCUCUACGCCCUUCUAUUUGGUGAAAGUGUCCUGAACGAUGCAGUUGCCAUAGUAUUGUCCUCGUCAAUUGUUGCUUAUCAACCAGCUGGAGACAACAGUCAUACAUUCGACAUCGCAGCUAUGUUUAAGUCAAUAGGGAUAUUCCUGGGCAUAUUUAGUGGAUCCUUUGCAAUGGGAGCAGCCACUGGAGUGGUCACAGCAUUGGUCACAAAGUUCACCAAACUGCGCGAGUUCCAGUUGCUGGAGACGGGCUUGUUUUUCUUGAUGUCGUGGAGCACAUUUCUUCUGGCUGAAGCGUGUGGUUACACAGGCGUGGUUGCAGUCUUGUUUUGCGGCAUAACUCAGGCACAUUAUACCUACAACAAUCUGUCUACAGAGUCACAAAUUCGAACAAAACAGUUGUUUGAGCUCUUGAAUUUUUUGGCCGAAAACUUCAUCUUCUCCUACAUGGGUCUGGCUCUCUUUACUUUCCAGAAUCAUGUCUUCAAUCCCACAUUCAUUGUUUUCGCUUUCCUUGCAGUCUUCAUUGGCAGAGCUGCUAAUAUUUAUCCUCUCUCAUUAUUGCUUAAUCUGGGGAGAAGAAAUAAGAUUGGCUCAAACUUCCAGCACAUGAUGAUGUUUGCAGGUUUACGUGGAGCAAUGGCAUUUGCUUUGUCUAUUCGAGACACAGCAACAUACGCCCAAAAGAUGAUGUUUUCUACCACACUUCUCAUCGUGUUUUUCACAGUCUGGGUAUUUGGAGGUGGCACCACCGCUAUGCUCUCCUGCUUACAUAUUAGAGUUGGGGUGGAUUCAGACAUUGACCAUUUGGGAAUUCCUGAGAGUGAACUAAGGAGUACAAAAGCAGAGAGUGCCUGGCUUUUCAGACUAUGGUACAACUUUGAUCACAACUAUCUGAAACCUCUGUUAACACACAGUGGACCACCCCUCACUGCAACACUUCCAAGUUGCUGUGGUCCGAUUGCAAGAUGCCUAACAAGUCCACAGGCCUAUGAGAACCAAGAACAGUUAAAGGAUGAUGAUUCUGACCUCAUAUUAACUGAUGGUGACAUAAGCUUAACGUACGGCGACACAACGGUGAGCACAGAAUCUACAGCAUCAAGACGAGGUGUUGGGAACAGCACAGAGGAUGGAAUAGAUCGAGAGUUAACCUGCGGGGAUCAUGAACUUGUCUUAAGAGGAACACGUCUGGUCAUGGACGAGUGUGAAGUGCCAGGAAAUCUGCAAGUUACCAGGAGGCCAAGUCCAAUGUAGAUUUCUGUUUUUGCAUUAUUCAUGGGGGAAGGGUUGUACUGUAACAUUUUUGUGUUUUUUAAUUAUGCCAGUAUGUUGCACUACCUACUGCAUGGCUCCGAUUGUCUGAGCUGUAUAAAAGCUAUUUAAAUGGCGUCCAAAAUUUAA